GGGUUCGUUCGCCCGCCUGCACCAAACGAAACGGCCAUUACUCGCCCACUUCUGACUCGACCAUGGCGGCCGCUGCUUCCGGCGUGGCGUCCCCCUCCAACCUCCGCCUCCCCUCCUCCCUCUCUUGCCGCCUCCCCUCUCACCCCUUUACGCAGAUUGUCACCGUCCGUUUCCUCUCCCCCGUCCCUCCUCCCCGCUGCCUCCGAAUCUCCGCCCGUCGCCCCCUGACCGUCCGAUCCGGCGGAGGUGGAGGCGUCGGAGGAGGUGAUGGUGGAGGCGGAGGUGGAGGCGGCGGUGGUGGUGAAGGGGGGGAGGAUGGGGACUCGGGCCGGAAGAACCGUUCGGAGGCGCUGCUCGUGCUGGCGGAAGCCGGCCGGACGUUGGAGAGCCUCCCUAACGAUUUGGCGGCCUCGAUCGAAUCCGGGCGGAUCCCUGGGUCAAUCGUGCAGCGAUUCUUUGAUCUUGAGAAGUCGCCGGUCUUCCGAUGGCUGCUCCAGUUCGGAGGGUUCAAGGAGCGGCUUCUGGCCGACGACCUCUUCUUGGCCAAGGUCGCCAUGGAGUGUGGCGUUGGUAUCUUCACCAAGACGGCUGCAGAGUGGGAACGUCGGAGAGAGAAUUUUAUCAAGGAAUUAGAUUUUGUUAUUGCGGAUGUGGUAAUGGCCAUUGUUGCUGAUUUCAUGCUCGUGUGGCUUCCUGCUCCAACGGUCUCUCUACGACCACCUCUUCAAUUCAAUGCUGGACCCAUUGCGAAGUUCUUCUAUAGCUGUCCCGAUAAUGCUUUUCAGGUUGCUUUGGCUGGAACAUCAUACUCAUUAUUGCAGAGAGUUGGUGCCAUUGUGAGAAAUGGAUCAAAGCUUUUUGUUGUUGGGACUAGUGCAUCUCUGAUUGGAACUGGUAUAACUAAUGCCUUGAUCAAAACGAGGAAGGCAGUUGACAAGGAAUUUGCUGGCGAAGCAGAGGAUGUGCCCAUAGUGUCAACUAGUGUUGCCUAUGGUGUUUACAUGGCUGUUUCAAGCAACCUUAGGUAUCAAGUAUUGGCGGGUGUCAUAGAACAACGUAUUUUGGAGCCUUUGCUGCACAACCAGAAACUAUUACUAAGUGCGUCGUGCUUUGCAGUUCGUACAGGAAACACAUUUUUGGGAUCCCUGCUGUGGGUUGACUACGCUCGCUGGGUGGGUGUCCAAAAGAUUCGCGAAUAAUGUGCCAGUUCAAAGCCAUUGCACUUUCUCUUAUACAUUUGCAUCACAUGCUGAAAGCUCAGUUGGAGAGAUUGUUAUGGCUACAGGGCCAUCUUAUCGGGUUGUACCUCCUGAUCAGUGUGACAGAUGACUUUGGCUGGCCAAGUUUAAUUCUUGAACUGUUUGCCAUGACUUUGUUUAUCCUUGUUAUACUGGAAAGUUUUGAUUUCCCAUCGUUUGCAUCAAAGUGGAAAACGAAUAAGCUGAACUAUUUGAAGUUAUUUUUCAUGGUUAUACUA